CAAUAUAUAUAGGUACCUACAUUGUUUUAUACGGUUAUUAUCGACCACGUACACUACAUACAUACAAAUUGCACUCACACAUUACUCAGUACUCGCUCUGAUCAUUAACACAAUACGCCGACUAAUAAUGUAUCCUAUACAUACAUACAUACAUAGGUACGUUUCAAUUACCAUCUAUAAUUUUCAUAAGUACGUAUACUAGUGUAAUACUAGAAAUAACAAUACUGAGCAUUGUUUGCACGGUGUCUGUGUGAUGAAAUCAACUGAAUUCGAAAGGCGGAAACGUAUACCGGAAGAGGAGGAGAGGAACGAACAAAUUACACGUGCAUAAAGCUCUACACAAAAGCUGUCUCAUCCAUCGUACGAUGGUCCACCGCAUAGGAUAGAUAUAUACAUAAGACACGAACACACACACACACACACGAUUAAGCGAACAUACAAAACCUUUGGUCUUGAAGAGGCACUGUUGAUCACUCGUGUGGGUGUUUUCCGAAGGGUCAGUGGACGCCGGGAAUGUAUUAUAUAGAUGGCAUGCAAUAUAUUUAUGUGGGCCGGACGAUACUCGAGAAAAGUUUGUUUAUUUUGUGUUGAGAGUCGAUGUUAGGAACGGUGUUGUAUACAAAAAUCAUAUACAGUCUUCCGAUUAAUUUCUAUAUUUUUCACUCUGAUGUUUUCGAAUUCGUCACUAAACGCUUUAAGAUCCACCGCCGCAUUACGUCCGACGUGGUGAUGUGUUGCAGUGUCGUCGUUGGUCGGUAGUGGGUGGAGGAGCGUUCCUUAAAAAUUCUACUCUGGAUACGUCUGGCGAACAACACGUCGAGGCGUAUGGAUAUCAUUGUCGGGUGGAAAAAAAUAAACUAAAAAGUCAUCGAAUUGGGGCCGUGUGGCGGUACGAACGAACCUCGCGUACACGUACCUUGUGUAUACAACCGUAUAGUACCGAACGCAAGGCGCGUGCUCGGAUCACCACACCUCGGCGGCGGCGACAGCGAUACGCCGACGUAUCCACCACACGCGCAGUCUGUGCUCAUCGCCAGUGGUAGAAACCCUCGGGCCGCACUCGUCUUCGCGUACCACCGUGUGCAACACGCAUUCAGGUGUAUCCUCGGCGUACGUCCACGCUAUAUACACUAAACCGUCGCCACGGUCGGUCCUUCCGUCUGUCCACUCGUUAAAUAUAAUAUUAUUACGUAUUCUCAUGAUAUUUACAAUCAUAUUAUAAUAUACGCACACAAUUAUUGUAUUUAUAAGUCUGUUGCGAUACACAUAAAUUGUUUUCGUCCGCGUUAACUGUUGCUCGGCGCUCGAAACUACCUGUUGGACAUAUGUCACCGUCGCCACCACCGUUGCCGUUCUCACCGGUUUUCCGCACGAUUCGUAUAAUUUUCAUAUAAUAUAUUAUUAUUAUUAUUCGUGUUACGUAAAUCAGCGAUCCCGAUGACGCGUACUCCGAUUUCCGGUCGUUCACGCCGCCGCCGGCCGUGCGGAGGUCCUUCGUCGUGGCUGUUUUAGAGUCGUUUUGGUCGCCGUCGCCGCUCUCCCAGUUCCGUCGUGGGAGCGUCCAAACCGUGGUGGACGACCGUCUCCGCGGUGUAUACCCUGCGUACCGAGGACAACAGUCAGACGGAAGCGCACGAUAAACGGAUGGACGUCGAACCGGCUGCCGUGGCGGCGGCGGCGACCGCCCCGGAAACGAAAACGACGUACCGAUCGCGGCCGGAAGCGUUCCCGAGCCGCGGUGAGCACCAGUGAUGGCCAGCUCAGGUAUGCACGCCGCACUGUACAUACGAGAGAGGCAAAAGAUCCGCGUGAAGAGGAUCCGUAGGGAUAGGUUCCAAUUGCCCAGUCACGUGGCCACCAAGAACAUCGCCCCGUUCCCGGAGUUCCCACCUACCACGUGGAAUAAAACAGCAGCGUCGGUGGCUUGGCCUGGACCAGUCGGUCCGUCUCCAGACAGCGAUGGCUCGGCACCAGGUGGCUCCAUACUCAUACACCUGCCGGCUGACCCACAUAGGAAAUGGACGAAAAAAAAUAAGAUCCACGACGCCUUGUCGUUCGGGGGUGGCGACGACGACGACCGGAGACUGUACGAGCUGCAGCAGGGCGCGGCGGCCAACACCCUACUGUACGUGGGGCUGUGCUCUGUAGCGCUGGGCCUAAUCAUCGCGUUCGUGGGCACCGGUGAAAAGGGCUUCAAGACUGUCCAACUACGGUUCAUCGGGCCCGGCAUGAUCGCCAUCGGCGUGUGCUGUUGCGCUGUUCGCAUUAUGUUGUGCUUCUGUCCACCAACGUUUUGCUUCAAGCGCCGCCGGCACAAGGGUGGCGGCGGUGCUUCCGACAAAAUGGCUGAGUUCUACAAAUACAUGCCGUUCCGGAACCAUCCGAUAAACGCCAACUCGGCCGCUGCCGAACCGCUCACCGGAGUCGUCGUCGAGACCGUACCGAUGACGGUCCUGAAACCGGCACUGAAACGCGUGUCCAUGGCCGCUGACCAACAACCACAAAUCGUCUGUCAACAAGCCAAACGGAUGCCCAAAGCCACUCCAGAAGCUAGUCUGGACAGCAGCAUGGAACAUCUGAUCGAACAGGACGACCAUCUGUACACAAAGGACGAGGUGAGCUCGAACAAAAAUCUCUCCAACCUCAAGUCAACGUUGACAUUCGAGGACUCGUUGAACGUGGCCACCAAAAUGAUGGUAAAAUCGUUCGAGGAGUUGAACAACACGUCUUCCAUGCCCGGCGGUGAUUCCACCGACCAGCACCGACAGGAGCUGGUGCUGAGCGCCGUGAACCUGACAAAGUAGAUAUGCGCGUCGGUCCGCACAAUACAAUACCUGAUACAUAUGCUAAAAUACCAUAGUAUAUAAUAUAAUAAAUUAUUGUUGAAUAUUCAGACGAAUUUGGCUGUGACGAAUAACCCCAUACAUAUACCUAAAUGGAUAUAUAAUAUAUAUAUAUAUAUAUAUAUAUAUUAUAUACGUGUAAAUUAAUGAUUAACUAUAUAAUAUAAUAUAUUAGAGUAGAAUCAUAGGCGACAUUGUGAUGGGUGGCACUGGGUUACAAUUACCCCCAUAGUAUUAUUUGAGGGGACAAAACAAUCAUUUUUCCCCUACCGACACCAGUCAAUAGGGCAAGUGAGAUGGCAAAAGAAAAAUGAAUGGUUCAAGAGUGUAGCCGUGUGCCCAUGUAACUGUGUAGGUAUACACAUAGUCCAAUGCAAUUUUGUUUUAUCGAUUCCAGUUUUUUUCAAUUUGCAUUCUUAUUAUAAAAUAUUUAAUUUCUGCGUCCUCUAUAGUAUGUUUGCCAAGUACUACCUAUUGGUAAGGGUAGUAUACUAGGUUACGUAUAUUGAUUUAGAUAUACCAUUUUAUAUUAUGAAAUAUAUAAGAAACUCGACGACGCUUACAUAAUAUACCUACGGGCUACGGGUUAGAAAAAUCAAGCAAUUUUAGUUUAAUCGAUUGUCGUUAUCCGUGUAUAAGUAUCUAUAGGUGGCUUGGUAUACCUAUACGGCUAUACUUUCAUUAUGUAGAUGUAGAUGUAGAUGUAGAUGUAGAUGUAGACCACUAUAAUAUUAUUAUUGUAUAAUAAACGUAGGUACUACCACCUCCGAUUGGUGACGAAAAAAAAUAUAUACAUAAUAUUAUAUUAUACUCUUAUCAUAGGUUCAUGCCAGUUUAUAUAGGAUACGUAUACAGUGUAAAUAUUUACCAUAAUAUAAUAUUAUAAUGUACCUAUAACAUAUAUAUAAAUGCACCAUAAUAUGUGUAUUAUAUUUAUAUACGAUAUAAACUAUAAGUACCUAAUGCUUGGUAUUUAUACAACAUUCAACUAGAAAUUAGAAUAUCGCAUUAUACAACUCACUAUAUAAAUAAUAAACUGCCGACCUAUACCUAUACGAUCGGGUCUAUACCUUAUAUUAUAAUUAUUUAUGUGUGUAUUGUAUAUAAUAUAUUAUAGGUACCUACCUAAUAACACGUGUUAGUACUAAAUCAUGUUAAAUAAUAUUAUACUAUAAUCAAUGAUUAUACCUACGGUGUACCCACAAUAACGCGGACACUCGUUUAAUUAUUAUUGUUAUAAACUAUUAUGUACCUAGGUAUAUUAUACCCAUUUUUGUUUAUAUCGGAUCAAAAUCAUUUGAAAACUGUUUAUGUAUAAAUUAUGUAAGUGCAUAUAAUAUAACGUGUAUAUGUAAAUGUAUAACGUGUUAAUAACAACUACUAACGAUAAGAAAAAUAUAUAAAUAUAUCUGAAGAAAAUAUGUACUUAAAUAAUA